AUGGCCGCAGCCACACCCCACUCGCCGCCGCCGCAGCUUUCAUCGCCCUUCCUGGAGUAUAUUACGGCCCCCGGCGGCCUCGACAAGGUCGUGCUCCGUGGCAGGCGCAGCUGCUCCGUGGAGAUCCGUCUUUUUGGAGGUCAAGUAACUUCAUGGAAGAAUGACCAUGGCGAGGAGUUGCUUUUUGUCAGCAGCAAGGCCAUCAAGCCUCCAAAACCGUUUCGUGGCGGGAUACCUAUUUGCUUUCCCCAGUUUGGAACUCAGGGAAAUCUUGAGCAACAUGGAUUUGCAAGAAAUCGGCUUUGGGCUAUUGAUGAUAAUCCACCCCCUUUACCAGUAAAUCCUGCAAUUAAAGCUUUUGUUGAUCUUAUUCUGAAGCCUAGUGAAGAUGAUUUAAAGAUGUGGCCACACAGUUUCGAGUUUCGCUUGAGAAUUGCUCUUGGUGCUGGUGGAGAUUUGAGUCUCACGUCUCGAAUCAGGAAUACCAACACUGAUGGAAGACCUUUUUCUUAUACAUUUGCAUAUCACACAUACUUCUCUGUUUCUGACAUAAGGAAUACCAACACUGAUGGAAGACCUUUUUCUUAUACAUUUGCAUAUCACACAUACUUCUCUGUUUCUGACAUAAGUGAAGUACGUGUCGAAGGGCUGGAAACAAUGGACUACCUUGACAACAUGAAGGGAAAGGAGCGUUUCACAGAGCAAGGAGAUGCUAUUGUAUUCGAAUCAGAAGUUGAUAAGGUAUAUCUUGCUGCACCCUCGAAAGUUGCAAUUAUUGAUCAUGACAUGAGAAGAACAUUCGUCGUGACAAAAGAAGGACUUCCAGAUGCUGUUGUUUGGAACCCUUGGGAUAAGAAGGCAAAAGCUAUGCAAGAUUUUGGGGAUUUAGAAUACAAGCACAUGCUUUGUGUGGAGCCUGCAGCCGUUGAGAAGCCAAUUACCCUCAAGCCUGGUGAAGAGUGGAAAGGAAGGCUUGGGCUCUCCGCUGUUCCUUCCAGCUACUGUAGUGGGCAGUUAGAUCCAUUAAAGGUCCUUCAUGGUUGA